CUCACUCUGCUAUUGCUAAAACCAGCUGAUCAAUUGUCAAUUGUAUUCGUUAAAAAAAGUGUUUUGUUAAUUGCCGUGAAAAUUUAAGAUAAUCGAAAAAAUAUACAUUAAAAACUAACGUUAGUUACUUGGAACGUUACAAUGAUCCACUUAACAGGGCACAAGUAUAAUGCCCGAGAGAUUAUACAGAAUAUGUUCUCGCCACUAGUGGGUGUGAUUUGCAGUCCACUGGCCAACGAAGUUUGUGCACGCAACAAUUUGUCCUUCGUGGAAAUGUUGCAACCAUUUUCUAAAUUGUUAAACGAUGCCCAGUUUCGUGACGUGUCCGAUACAAGUGUUUCCAUUAAAGGCCUACGUUUGAAUUUUUGCGAUGUUGAUUGGCGUCCACCGCAGACAGUGCUGGCGCGUAAAAUGCUCAAUGAGGCGGUAACCAAUGCGCAUAAUGACGAAACGAAAUCUGUGACAAUAGGCGAGCUGAAAUUAAAGCUACCAACUGCAGAGCCAUGGUUCGAGCAAUGGCGUGAAACCUUCUUAACUGUGCAAUUUCCCGCUGAUCAUGAGUUCACGCGUCAUUUUCUUACUUGUCUCAUCGUAUUAAGCAGUAGUGAUCCGAACAUUGUGGAGAGCGCACAAAAGCUUACACAACGUGUGCAACAAAUGCAAAGUGUGACGCCACAAAAGUUGCCGAAAUGGUUCAAUCCCACUAACGUGCUUAACAGUUAUGUAGUGCUGCAUGAGGGUUCACAAGGCGAUAUAUCUAAAGCACAACAAGGUUACGAGCUACUAAAGUCCACUUUCGGUGAUAAUAAGUGUUUCUUAGUGCAGAUUAACUCCUUAGAUGCCACCGUAGCUGGCGAAGUGCCUGACUAUUGGGCAAAUUAUAUAAAACGACAGCCCAGAAAUGAACUGCAAGUGGAUCAAAUAAGCGGGCCUAAAACACCACAAGAUGCUAUGUCCAUGAUCUCAAUGCCAAACAUUCAAAUGCUCAGCGAUGCCAUGACGACCACUGACAGCAGCAGCGAUAUAUCCAUUUUACAUCCGUUGAGUCCGGUGCAAGAAAAUGCUACGGAAGCUAUUAGUUCGAAGUUUUCCGUCAGUAGCGAGAGUAUCGCAUCGCAAAAUAUAAACGCUAAUGUAUGGGCAACUGAAACAGACGGCGAUGCUACAGGGCAUGGUGGCUGUUUGAACGCUAUGGAUGUUGAGAAUUUACGUCAUUUCGUGCAGGAUUAUACGGUGCGCGCGUUAAUACCGUACGCUGAGCAGAUGGUUGCUGUGCUCGCCGAAGCGAUUACAAACAAAAAAGGUGUUAGCAAAUCAUUAUUAAGCGCUACUAAACGCUUAUUCAGCAGCAAACCAGCUACGAAUGCGACUAAUCAAAAUGCUGUUAUUUAUACACACGAAUCGUCGGAAUUGCAAACACGUAAACUUGGUGAUCUCUACUUCAUGUUUGGGCAUUAUAACCUAGCUUUUCAAGCCUACCACCAAGCUAAACGUGAUUUUGACGCCGAUUCCGCUUGGCAGUAUUAUGCUGGCGCGCUUGAAAUGGCUGCCGUUUCGGCGUUUAUGCUGGGCACAGCGUAUCGCAAGACCUUUGAUUACAUGGAGGAAGCCAUUAAGACCUAUCUAAACGUUUGCAAAUUGCAACAAUUUGCCACGCGCGCCACUCUCCUGAGCAUGGAAUGUCUGCGCACAUCACGCAUGUACGGUGAGGCGGCCAAUCAGCUGAUACGCAUGACCAGUGAAGAUGCCGAUUUGCGCUCGGCUUUGCUUUUGGAGCAAGCCUCAUAUUGUUACUUAGCGUCGAAUCCCUCCAUGUACCGCAAGUAUGCGUUCAACAUUGUGCUUUCGGGCAAUCGUUAUUCACGCGCUGGUCAACGGAAGCAUGCUCAUCGUUGCUACCAGCAGGCUUAUCAGGUGUUCGAGAGUCGUGGCUGGAGUUUGGCUGAAGAUCAUAUACAGUAUACAAUGGCGAAGCAGGCUUGUGCGUUGAAGCGACUUGAAGAGGCGAGCAGCUCGUACUCGCAUUUGCUGCAUCCGGCGAGUCAGCAGAGUGCGCAACAGCAAAUUAUUUUCCUCAAGGAAUACAUACAAAUGCACACGGAACUGAUUAAACGGAAUUCCGAAUUAGGUCUGCUGGCGCUAGCGUUGCCACAGGUGGCGCAAAACUCUGUGCGUGUAUUACUUGCCACACCCUGUACUAUGGUCAGUGGACAACAUGUAGCAGCCAGCGGUAUUGACAUUAAGUCGAAUUUCGUGGAUGAAUCAAUUUGGCAUAAAAUGGAAGAGAUGCUUGUGGCUACAGCGGAUCCCAAGAAAGCUUUGAUAUUCAAGCCAACACGAUUUCUCUACUCCAAAGAGUGUCCAGCUAUAGAUAAUCCGCUAGCAGUGCAAGGCGAACCGAUUGAGUUAGCCGUAACGGUAUUUAACACUGUCAAAUGCAGCAUAACCUUGAAUGGCAUUGAUUUGCUGUGGCAGCUGCAGCUAGACAAUGGCGAAAUGCUUUCGAAUGAAACGCUCUACACCAACAAUGAAGAGAGUUCGAGCAAAGCCGCCGUUAGCGCCGCAAUCAAAACCAAUUGUGUGCCCUCCGUCGUGUUGGAUGAGCGUUGCGAACAUACGAUUUAUUUUAAGAUUACACCGAAAUUAACUGGACUCUUACAUAUAACAGGCGUGGUGGGCGAGGUGGUGCUCACGGCGGAGCCCACUGCCUGCUUGCAAGGCAUGCUGAAAUUCGAAUCACCACAGGUCAAGGUGAAAGGCAAACAAACCACGCAAAUGUUAAUGGAUAAUAAAUUGAGCAUUAAAGUGACGCCGGCAGUGCCUGCCAUGUCGGUUAGCUUCACGCCGCUGCCAACAAACUUAGUAGCCGGUGAGAUACUGCCUGUAACGGUUAGCUUGCGUAAUUCCGGCAUUGUGCCGAUCGAAGAUGUUUUUCUUUGUUGCGAUCAACCGCGCUGGCUGACUUUAACAGAUGCGGAUACGGAAGUGCCGUUAUCUAUAUUGAAAUCGGUUAAAGAUCUCGUCAAUGAGAAGUUAUCGAAAGAUCGUGAGUUGCGUCGCCAACGUGUAUUUCGCUUGCUGAAAAAUGAAAAUUCCGUUAGUUUGAAACCGCAAGAGUGCACAACUGUGCCAAUGUAUAUACAAGCGCCCUACCAGCAAGGCGAUUUCACAUUGCGUCUACUGUUCUUUUAUAGCUUGCCUGAUGGCACUAGCGCGUCCAUCAAAUAUCGGCUGGUGCGCCACAAUUGGCAAUUUAAAGUGCAUGACUGUCUUUAUGCUGCAAUUACGUGUGUGAUUAGCAAUACGCUGUCGGGCGAGCUGGGUCUCGAUGUAGCGGUGAAGAAUGAGAGUAGCUCGAAAAAUUUCGUUGCAAGUGAUAUGUAUAUCAACUCUAUUGGCGUCUAUAGCGCGGAUCAUAAUAUGAACAGGAAUAAGUUAUACAUUACCAACCAAAUGGGUAUAACUACUGGCAGCGAUGGUGCGCGCUAUCUACCAAUGGGCAAGUCAAUGAAUUUCCAAUCGCGCCUUGAACGCAACAAAAAUAAAUUCACUUCACCACCCGCCAAGUUGCUUUACGAACGCGUCUCAUUUGUUAACGUUAUACCCGCUAUAAAUGCUGAUAAAGCACAUACACACAUUCCUUCCGUACAUGAAAUGUACGGCUUUUUGGCAAAACACGAGACUUUAUUCUUCAACACCAACAUCAAUACAGAUGAGUUCAACAGCGCUAUUGUGAAUAAAGAUGCACACACUACCGUUAUAUUGAAUUGGGCCGCACAAGUCAAACUGAUUGGCCAAGACGAGACGCAACGCUUAGUUGCCGGUCAACACUUCAUACAAUUGCGCAAUCUUUAUGAAAGUUCCACAUGUCUGGGCGCGCAAGCCACACAACACGCUUUUGUUGAUAUUAUAGCGAAGCCACAACAGGUGCGCAGCAUUGCCGAGUUCGCGUUGAACGACACUGAGGCGCAACCGUUUGCCGUGUUCGCCGAUGAGCAGCGUUGGGUGGAUGAUGAAGAUGAUGCUGCGGCUGUUGAUGAUACCGCAUCGUUUUGGGAGGUGAACACAGAUUAUGUGGGCAAACGUUGUUUGCUGUUGGAUGAGAGUUUAACAGUUGCGGUGAAAGUUUGAAUGUAAAAUGUUUAGCUUACUUAUUUAACUUGUAAUUAUUAAUGCAUACUUUCUAUUAAAAUGCCGCCGUGCAAUAAAAUAAAAUAAUAAAAUAUAAAUAUGUAUAGAGUA